AUGAGAUACUCCAACACUCUGUCCGGUCUUCUGACCGUGGCCAUGGGCUCUGGUGCUCUGGCUCAGAUGACUCCUGGUUCCACCACUGAGGACUUCACCACCACCACUGGUGGCAUGAACGUCCCCACCUCGGUCACCACUGUCCUCCCCGACACCGUCACUGACACCACCACCAUGACCCUGACCACCAUGGUCAAGCCCACCAAGACCGCCAGCCCCGAGGUCUGCGCCUACGAGUGUGUCACCGUUUACGACGAGUGCUGCGCCAUCCCCGGUGCUGACAUCGCUGUCUGCAAGGAGAGCUACACCGUCUGCCUUGGCUUCAACCCCUUCGACGUCCACCCCUACGUCAAGCCCGCCGCCUGCAAGCACGACUCCUACCCUCCCAAGCAUGAGGGUGGCAAGUGCAGCAUCGGAAGCGGAAGCUGCUUCACUCCUGAGAUUUGCGGUUACGAAUGUACCACUGUCUACGAUGAGUGCUGCUCCUACCCCGGUGCCGACAUCGCUGUCUGCAAGUCCUCUUACACUGUCUGUCUCGGUUACAACCCUCUCGACUCCAAGCCCUCCACCUGCAAGCACGACAAGCAGUACUACAUCGACUUCGAGUACAAGCACGACGAGAGCUACUUCUACGAGAAGUACAGCUCUCACUACGAGACUGGCCACUACUCUUCUUCUUCUUCUUCUUACCACAAGGGUUACUACACUGCCGAAUACUGCUGCCUCGAGUGCACCACCAUCUACGAUGAGUGCUGUGCUGUCCCUGGUGCCGAUAUCGCCAUCUGCAAGGAGAAGUACACUGUCUGCCUUGGUUACAGCCCCUUCGAUGUCCACCCUUGGGUUGAGCCUUCUGUCUGCAAGCACGAGGAGUCCUACUACAAGGAGUACGAGAGCAAGCACGGCGAGGACUACUACAACUCCAAGUACGACAGCUACGGCAAGAAGGAGGUCAAGUACACUGAUGAGGAGUGCUGCUUUGAGUGCACAACUGUCUACGAUGAGUGCUGCGCUAUCCCUGGUGCUGAUAUCGCUAUCUGCAAGGAGGAGUACACUGUCUGCCUUGGUUACAGCCCCUUCGAUGUCACCCCCUUCGUGAAGCCUACCGUUUGCAAGACCGGCGGCUCUGGCUACAACUCCAAGGGUAACAACAAGGGCGACUACUCCAACAAGGGUGACUACUCCAAGCACGGUUCCGACGAGGAGUGCUGCGUCGAGUGCACCACCGUCUACGAUGAAUGCUGCAUUGUCCCCGGUGCUGAUGUCGAGAUCUGCAAGAAGGAGUACACUGUCUGCCUUGGUUACAGCCCCUUCGAUGUCACCCCCUACGUCAAGCCUACUGUCUGCAAGCACGGAGACAACCACGGUUCCGACUCCAAGGGUAACAACAAGGGUGACUACUCCAAGGACAACUCCAAGUCUGGCUCUGAGGAGGAGUGCUGUGUCCAGUGCACCACUGUCUACGACGAGUGCUGCUCCAUUGACGGCCACGACAUCGAGACCUGCAAGUCCGAGUACACUGUCUGCCUUGGCUACAACCCCUUCGAUGUUACCCCCUUCGUCAAGCCCACUGUCUGCAAGCACGGAGACAACCACGGAUCUGACUCCAAGGGUAACAACAACAAGGGUGACGACUACUCCAAGACUGGUGGUGACUCCAAGGGUGACGACUACUCCAAGACUGGCGGUGACUCCAAGGGUGACGACUACUCCAAGACCGGUGGUGACUCCAAGGGCAACAACAAGGGCGAUGAGGAGUGCGCUGUUUCUUGCACCACUGUCUACAAGGCCUGCUGUGACGCUUCUGGUGCUAUCCUCGAGACUUGCAACGAGGCUUACACCGUCUGCCUUGGCUACAACCCCUUCGACUCCCACCCUUACGUCGAGCCCAGUGUCUGCAAGCACGACAAGCCCUCUCACGAUGAUGUUGUCAUUGUCUCUGGUGGUGAGCGUGUCCGCCCCGUCCUGGCUCUCCUUGCCAUCGGUGCCGUCGCUCUGCUCUGUUAG